AUCGUGCAACCGUCCGUGCGCGCAGGCUACUGCGAUCUCCGCAAUCGUUAUUAACCUGAUUUUUUAAUAAGAAUCUUAAUUUUCAUACUUUCUGGCACGGCAUUUUUUUAAUUGUUAAGACGUCAUAAUUGUUUUUUCACCUGAAUAUAAACUCCACAUUUCUUCCCCAGGGAAACUCGUCCUCUCGGCCUUCGCCCCGUUCAUCAUCGUCAAGGUCGCUUCGGUAGUUCUGUUUCUCUUCCUGGCCGGACUCUUUCUGUCUAUACCGAGACUUGAUUUCAACAGCAAGUUCCAGCUGGAGGAAAUGACCCCAUCUUCAGAGUGAUCAAGAUGCCAUCAAUUUCUUCAAGAAUCGCCCUCUGUAUUGUGUUGUUGCUGGCCAACGGAGUCCACGGAUACAGGACAACCUCGCUAACGAAACCUGCGAGUGUUGAGAGCUACAAGAGAAUGGUACAAACAAUAGUGAGAACUCUGUCCACGGUUCAGCUGAUUCAGAUUAAAAUGGCAAUCAUAGGGAUGGCCAUCGUCGGAUCUUACCUGCUGUGGUUCAAGCUGUUCCCAAACGUAGUUGAGGUGAAGCUGCCCAAUUACAAGGAAGCUGUCUACAACCAAACCGCAACGCACAAAGGCUUGUUUGACUUUCUUUCGUUUGAAUAA